CUGUGAAGGAAGUCAGCCACGCCCCCUGCCUCACACAUGCCCUGCAGAUGAAAAGAGAACAAAAGGGAAACAGAACCAUCACACUUCCAUCCAAAUGAAAUACUAAAUUUAUUUUCAUCUGAAAAGAGGACUCUGAAUCUUGCAUCUUGCAACAGUCCAUUUCUUUUCUCUUAAGCCCAGUUUAUUUUAGAGUUGCUGCCAAGUGGCACUGAAGAGGACAUCAAUGGUUGAAAAGAUGUGUGGUAUCUUCAGCAGCUAUGCACUCUUAGCACUGCUGCUGGCUGCAGCCUGGGCAGACCACCACCACCCUAAACGCAGCCAUAAAGAAGACCACAAACUGUCCUCCCCUAAUAAUGACUUUGCCUUUGCCCUCUACAAAAGACUGAAUGCAAAGACUAGUGCUGGAAAGAAUAUCUUCUACUCGCCGCUUGGCAUCUCCACUGUGCUGUCCAUGGUGUCUGCAGGAGCUCGAGGUGAAACCCACAGCCAGCUGUUCUCCAGCUUGGGCUACAGCGCCUUAAACCAGACUGAAGUCAAUGAAGCAUACAAGCAUCUCUUUGACAUCCAUGGACACAGCCAGGAGAAUCUUCAGCUGGAUGUCGGCAAUGCUGCUGCUGUCCACACUGGCUUCAAUCCUCUGGAGAAGUUCUUGAAUGAUGUCAAACAGUCCUACUCUGGUGAGAUCCUCAAUGUGGACUUUAGUAAUCCCACUGAGGCCGCAGCUGAGAUCAACAGUUUUAUUGCAAAUAAAACCCAAGACAAGAUCAGAGAUCUGGUGAAGGACCUGGAUUCUGAUACAGCCAUGGUGCUGAUCAACUAUGUCUACUUUAAGGGAUUGUGGGAGAAACCUUUUAACAGCUACAACACACGGAUGAGGGUCUUCAACGUUGACAAGACCACUGAAGUUCAGGUGGACAUGAUGGAGAGGACUGGCUCUCAUCAAAUCUACAGGGACCGUGAAAACCAAACCACUGUUGUUGUGCUGCCGUACAAAGGUAACUGCUCCAUGAUGAUUGUCCUGCCUGAUGAAGACAAGAUGAAGGAGGUGGAGGGCCACAUCAGCAAAGAGCACAUCAGACACUGGCAAGACUCGAUCUCUAAGAGGUAUGCAGAGCUGACUUUGCCCAAAUUUUCAAUUUCUGUUGAUGCUGCCUUGGAGAGCACACUCAAAGAAAUGGGCAUAACCAAAGCUUUUGAGAACGGGGCUGAUUUCUCUGGCAUAUCAGUGGUACCGCUCAAAAUCUCAAAGGCAUCCCACAAGGCAGUGCUCAGUGUCACUGAGGCUGGGACAGAAGCAGCAGCUGCCAGCACAUUGGAGAUGACACCUUACAGUUUGCCUCCAUCAGUAUAUAUUGACAGACCUUUCUUGGUUUUUAUCCUGGAGAACUCCACAGGGAGCAUCCUCUUCAUGGGCAAGAUCAAUGACCCCACAGCCGUGUAAAGGCACACAGGAGAAUUUUGUUCUCGGAAUUCAUCACAAAUAUCUUAUCAUGACAAAAUCAGUGAUUCUGGGUACAUGUAGAAGGAAAUAUGCUUGUAUUAAAAGUCACUGUAUGAGAGAA